CCACGGCCACAGUCCCUGGAAGCGAAGCGAGAGACACAAUGGCAUGGCGCGACGGGCAUCAAGUUUUCCCAUGAAGCUGUUUCUGCCCUUCUGGAAGGACAGAGCCUGGGUAUGGACAAGGCUCGCGAGUGGCCGUGUUUCAAAUGGUUCUUGCUGUUAUCGGAGAUCAUCGUCUUUGUAUAUGGUGCUGUUGCGUUCUUCCUGAUAAUAAAGAAUGCCCAUAUAACCCACAUAACGGCUUCGGACCACGCAGACGACAUGUGCGUUGCAGACUGGGAUAUUCUCGUCUUGAUAACCUUAGUGGCAUCUUUACUACUCACUGCCAUGAUUGGAUUAACAGGAACCUUGUUGAAUUCUCUGCCGAUUCUUGCGGUGUACACCCUACGUCUUUGGCCAGCCCUCAUCGCCAUGCUUGCUGUUGGAUACACCAGUUACAAGUGCUCCACCCUCUCUCCCGACCGCAAGCUCGACUUCUCAUGGAGUAAAUAUUACACACCGUUAGGACGUCUAUUAAUACAGAACUCUCUUCGCUGCUGCGGAUUCUACAGCCCUCUCCAUGAAGCUACUCCUGGUCACUAGCCACCAUAUGGGACCCGACAUUCUCCGUUGUCUUCUUACAUCUGACCAAUAUCGUGAUCGCGCUUCUCUGCUCAAAUCAUGUAACGAAAGCAUUUGGGAAGGGUAUAACGCCGAAGCUAUCGACUAACUGCAUUUGAUGUUCAAGCUGAUGCACAAAGGUUGUCUAAGAUUGUCGGACCAGAAAUGUCGAGGGCAGCUUCAAGUGGGAGGUUCAGAGAGGACAAGGCAUAAGUAUUAAAUAAGGAAACAUAGGUCAGCGAGUAUAGAU